UUAGAAUAAUGCUUUCUUCGGCCCUCUGCCCGUCCGACAGAGUUGCUCGGCAGGUGUACGCGGUCCCAUCCAGUCCCAUAUUGCCAGGAUUGAGGGUGAGCACAAUGGAAUUGUCGCCCAUCACUGUCUCAAUUGCGUCGCUUGUUCCGAGCCCGACAAGAAACCACUCCAUCUUCGUAACAUUAGCAUCUCCGUUCCACGAGCAAACAAUGUCCCGGGAUACUCCGAUGAUCAGCGGCUCCUCGUGGCCUGUGAUGUCCAGUUGGCCUGCACAGACUAAAAAAAGUUGCUGGCGCAGGUAGCUAGCGCAUGAAAGGGAAUCAAACCCUGAGUUCACCUCCACCCCA